UCAGUGUGUGUGUGCGAGCUGUCAAAAUAAUCAGUGUAAAUUUUGCAUUGAAAAAGUUUUCUCCGCAUUUGUACUUAAUUUUCUUUUCAAAUCUAGCCUUGUCGAUCCAUCUAAAAAGUAAAAUUGAUAGAGUAGGCUUGAGUGGCGUGAACAAAAGUGAAAAAUCAAUGUGAAAAACAAUGAAAAGGGGUGAAAAAUGAGGUUCAAUUGUGCACUCUUUAGUGACUAAUCCCCAGUGAUUCUUGAGACGCCCCCUUUUGGUGCUGCGGGGAAGAACCGCAAGAAUGAUAAAUAUGCGCUUUUUAUUGUGAAAAUCCGGGAAAAUCCUGUCGAAUUUCCUCGAAGGUGAAAGAACAGUGUCACACCAUGGCAGAGGAUUAUUCAGCACAAAAUAACUCAAAUCACAGCGAUGAUUCAGACAAUGACUUUUUGGUCAAUCCAUCGGCUCCAGAAUUGUCCGGAUACCUCUCCAAGUGGACCAACUACAUCCACGGAUGGCAGCCUAGGUUCAUUGUGCUGAAGAAUGGCACCCUCUCCUACUACAAGAGCGAGCAGGAGAGUGACUUUGGCUGCCGAGGGGCCAUCAGCCUGCAGAAGGCCACCAUUAAGUCUCAUGAAUUUGAUGAAUGUCGCUUCGAUGUGUCCAUCAGCAAUUGCGUUUGGUACCUGCGAGCAGAAAAUCCUGAGGAUAAGACACAUUGGAUUGAGGUGCUGCAGUCCUACAAGACGGAUACCAAUAGUGAUAUUUCACUGAGGCGCCAUGGAAGCUCUGUCUCCCUCCAGUCCACGACACUGUCCACGGCCAGUGGAAGUAGCCUGAAGCGUGCAAACCGGAGUCUCCGUGAGAAAUUGCACGAGAUCGAGACCUUCAAAGAUAUUCUCUAUGGGCAAAUUGAAACACUUCAAAGAUAUUUCGAUGCAUGUGCCGAAAUGAAUGGCCAGAAGGAUGGACAACCACUGGAAAUGGUUGAUGGAUUGCGUCCGAUUGAUUUUAAGGGUGAAGCCAUAACAUUCCGAGCCACAACUGCUGGUGUUUUGUCCACACUUCAGCACUGUCUGGAAGUGAUUGCACAGCGUGAUGAUAGCUGGCGAAAGAAACUCGAUCGAGAGAUUGAGAAGAGGAAAAAACUGGAAGAUCUCUACAAAUAUUUUUCUUUUGGUAGGCAAGUCAAAGAAAGGCUGGAAAGAGUGAGAAAUUCAUCCCUUCCUGGCCCUGAUUUAGAGGAGGGACCACACUCGACACUGCCCGAGGAUGAGUUCUUCGAUGCGGUGGAAUCGGGGCUGGACAAAAUGGAGGAGGACACACAGAUGCGUGUCCGGCUCAAGCUUCAGUCACAGCAAUCGCAGCUUAGCUGCACGGAUUCUCGUCCAGAUGAGGAAAUUGUGGAUGUUGAUGGAGAGGAAUUUGGCACGGGUGGUGUUGCACAUUCGCAUCGGCUGUGGCAGGAGAUUGAUCGGGUGUGUGUUGAUCAACUAAGUCAUGCGCGUCAGGGAGUCGGUGAAGGUGGCAAUGGGUGGCAGUUGUUUGCCGAUGAAGGUGAAAUGAAGAUGUACAGACGCGAGGAGGAAGUCAAUGGGAUGGUGAUUGAUCCACUGAAGGCAUGCCAUGUCGUUCAGGGCGUCACUGCGCGCGAAAUGUGCCACUAUUUCUUCAGUCCGGAAUAUCGAAUGGAUUGGGAGACUACUCUGGAGAAUAUGACCAUUUUGGAGACAAUCUCGCCAGACACUUUGGUCUUUCUGCAGACACACAAACGCAUCUGGCCGGCUAGUCAGCGUGAUGCUCUGUUUUGGUCACAUAUGCGUAGGGUGUCGGAUGGUAGUGAAGAUCCAGAUACUCAUGAUGCCUGGAUUGUCUGCAAUCAUUCCACAGAACAUGAAACUUAUCCGCCAGCCAAUACGGGAAAGUGUGUUCGUAUCUAUUUAACCGUGAUACUAUAUUGUCAGACGUACGUUAGUGAAACAGCAGCGGCAGUGAAUGGUAAAAUCUCCAGAAAAGAUUUAUCAUGUAAGAUAACAUAUUGUUCAGUGGUGAAUCCUGGGGGUUGGGCACCAGCCACAGUCUUACGUGCUGUGUACAAAAAAGAAUAUCCAAAGUUCCUCAAACGUUACACUCAAUACGUUGUGGAUCAGUGCAAGAAUAAACCCAUUAUGUUCUAAGAAGAUGAGAAAAAAAAAAGAAGUAGGAAGAAAAAGAAGUUCUUGGGGGGAGAGAUUUUUGCCACCAUAAUAAAAACCUGUCUCUUCCGACUGUUUUUCCCCGGCAUUGAGGAGUUCAUGAAGGAGAAAUUGAGUGUGAUCCUUAUGAGGAGAGAAAGAGAUUUAAUGAAGAGGAAAAUAUUUGAUCUGCCAUAGAAUUUGAUGUAUAAUAUGAAGAAAUUCUUGUCUCUUUACCCUCGUUUGGAUGAUUAAAUAUUAAAUCUAAAAUCAUACAAAGGAAAAAAAAGAAAAACGUGACAGAGUGGCCAAUUUUUUGCAAGAAAGAAAACGAGUUCCAAAAAGUAAAAAAAAAUCAGCAGAAAAAUGAGCAUUUCUUGCUUCUCAAUAUUUUGAUAUUUGUUUCUCUAUACAUAAUAGUGUUUAAGGACACAGAAAUGCUGAUUUUUUUGAAGAAAAAAAUUAUGAGAUGGGAAAGUAGUUGUAGUAAAAAUUAAAAAAAAAAUUAAAAAAUCAAUUGUUAUUUUGUAAUAAUGUGUAAAAUCAAUUACUAUGGAUCAAACAACAAAAAAAACUAUUUUAGAGUGAAUGUGUGAGAAUCUUGUGAGAGAGAAAUUGUAAAGAAAAAGAUGAUAUUCUUAUUUUAUAGCUUUUUUUCUAUAAUGAAUGUGUAAAUUAUGUACCUAAGAAACUAAAGAGGAAAAAAAAGGAUAAAUUUCGAUGAACAAGAAUCCCUUAUUAAACUUUUUCGAUGUUAUAUACAUAUAUUGAGGACAGAAGAGGAGGUGAAAAAAAAACUUUAAAUUACUGCAUUGUAAUAAAUGUGAUUGAUUAAAA